GGCACCCCCGGCCCGGCCCCGGGGGGCUCCGAGGAGGGCGGGGGGCGGCGGGGCGGGGGCCGCCAGCGCCCCUUCAUCUGCAACGAGUGCGGCAAGAGCUUCAGCCACUGGUCCAAGCUGCUGCGGCACCAGCGCACGCACACGGGCGAGCGGCCCAGCACCUGCGGCGAGUGCGGCAAGAGCUUCUCGCAGAACUCGCACCUGGUGCAGCACCGCCGCACCCACACCGGCGAGAAGCCCUACAGGUGCGGCCACUGCGGCAAGAGCUUCUCCUGGAGCUCCAACCUCAUCCAGCACCAGCGCAUUCACACCGGGGAGCGCCCGUACGGCUGCGCCGAGUGCGGCAAGAGCUUCACGCAGAGCAAGAACCUCAUCAAGCACCAGCGCACCCACGCCGGGCCGGGGGCGGCGCGGCCGCGGCGCUGCGCCCACCCCGCCGGUGCCCCCCGGGCGCUGAAGGGGCCUCGGGCGGGGGGCGAGGGCGAGGGGCCCGCGGGGGCCGAGGGCGGCUGCGGGCAGGAGCCGCUGAUCUGCGUGGAGUGCGGGGAGAGCUUCGCCCGGAGCGCCGCGCUCAGGAGGCACCGCCGGGGACACCGCCCGCUCUUCGUGCCCUGAGGGGACAGUGUGG